AUGGAGACUAGAAAUGAUACAACAGUGACAGAGUUUAUUAUUUUGGGAUUAACAGAUAAUCCUACACUAUGUGCCUUCUUCUUUGUGGUUUUUCUAGGAGUUUAUAUAGUUACCAUCAUGGGAAAUUUCAGCAUAAUUAUCUUAAUUCGAAGCAGCCCACAACUUCAUACUCCCAUGUAUCUUUUUCUCAGCCAUUUGGCCUUUGUGGACAUUGGGUAUUCCACAUCAGUCACAUCAAUUAUGCUCUCGAGUUUCUUGAGAGAGAGAACUACUAUCCCUGUCACUGGGUGUGUAGUACAGCUUGCCUCUGAUGUUGCUUUUGGGACUACAGAGUGCUUUCUGCUGGCCACCAUGGCCUAUGAUCGGUAUGUGGCCAUCUGCUCUCCCCUGCUCUACUCCACCCAAAUGUCCCCAGUGAUCUGCUUUCUCUUACUGGGGGCUUCCUACAUGGGUGGAUGUAUGAACGCCUCAUCAUUUACAGGCUGUUUGAUGAACCUGUCCUUCUGUGGCUCAAAUAAAAUCAAUCACUUUUUCUGUGACCUUUUUCCGCUCCUAAAGCUUUCUUGUGGCCACGUCUAUAUUGCUGAAAUAUCUCCCGCCAUCUCCUCUGCAUCAGUCCUUGUAAGCACUUUGUUUACCAUAGUUGUGUCCUAUAUCUACAUUCUCCAUGCAAUCAUGAAGAUGCGCUCUACGGAGGGCAGAAACAAGGCCUUCUCUACCUGCACUUCCCACCUCACUGCAGUCACUUUGUUUUAUGGGACAGUUUUGUUUGUUUAUGUGAUGCCCAAGUCCAGCUAUUCAGCUGAUCAUGUCAAAGUGGCAUCUGUGAUCUACACCGUGGUGGUCCCCAUGUUGAACCCUCUCAUCUACAGUCUGAGGAACAAGGAGGUGAAAGAGGCCAUGAGAAAACUGUUGAGUAGGACUCAUUGGUUUUCUUGA